AACUUAUAAGCCAAUUCAAAUGGGCUCUCAAACCCUAGAAGAAAAACAAUGAAUAGGAAAGGUAAGGGUAAAAAUGAGAAGCCGUCAAUGGAGAAAAUACCACCGUGGUUGGAACUGCCAGAAGGUAUAUGGGCAAAUAUAUUACGGAGGUUGGGUGUUGAAGAGAUACUGAAGACAGCACAGAAAGUGUGCACUACUUGGAGGCGAAUAUGCAAGGAACCUUCCACGUGGCGAGUCAUUAACAUGUGUUGUUAUGAAGAGGAACACUCUGACAUGGGUUAUCAUUUAAAGAAAAUGUGUCGAUAUGCUGUUGAUAGUAGUCAAGGUGAAUUAGUUGAUAUCUAUUUGGACUACUUUGCCACUGAUAAGUUGCUUCAGUACAUAUCAGAGAGAUCAGGAAAACUGAAGAGGCUUAGUAUUGCAUGUUGCUAUUUUAAGGUAUGUGAUGGGUUGGUUGAAGCAGUUCAAAAGCUCCCUUUGUUAGAGGAGUUGAGUCUGACGCACACUGCCAUUACAACAGAAGGCAUUGAAGCUCUUGGAUGCUGUUGCCCAAGGUUGAAGUCGUUUGUAUUGAAUAACUCAUUGUAUAUGGGAUCAGGUGAUGACUCUGAUAAAGAAGAUGAAAGAAAUGAAGAGGCUCUAGCUAUUGCUAAAAAACUGCCUACAUUGCACCAUCUCCAACUCAUUGGCAACAGUAUGACAAAUAAAGGCCUCAAAGCUAUUCUUGACAGUUGUCCUCAUCUUGUAUCACUUGACAUGCGGCUGUGCAAAUUUGCGAGCCUCAACGAAGUCCUGAGUAGUAGAAUUUCGGGGCAGAUAAAAGAUGUGAAGUACCCUCAUGACUCUCUGGCGGGUUUGAAAUUUUCAUUUGAGGCUUGUGGGGAUGAGGAUUUGUCUGAUGGCAUGUCUGAGGAGGACAUGUCUGAUGAUUACUAACUACUAGUGGUCUUGUUUCUAGCAUUAGCCUCAUUUUCGAAGUUGUGGCCUUUUGGGUCAUUGGAUUAAGAACAGUUCAUCAGGUGUCGGCAGAGAUACAGGGAAUAUUUUGUAUUAUGCGUUCCCCCUUCUCUUCUAUCAAUAUUUUUGUUAAAGAUCUCCUUGGGACUAAGUUCCUAAGAAAUCAGUAUAUAAUGACUGUGUAGUAUUGUUAUAUAAAUAUAUUUCCCUUGUUGCCAGGCAA